GAAGGCGAAGACUUCUUUGCUACUUUAUGUUCUUCGUAUUGUAACUGAAUGUACUUAUGGGCAAAUUGUAACAUUAAUCAGACUAGCCAACAAUUCAUUUAUGAUGGAGAAAUCAUUCAAGCGCCGAAGGAGCAACGUUUUUCUGUUACGCUCCUUCUAGUUAUCAAAGAUCGUUUGUCACCUGAUCCCGCUUUAAGGCAGGUUAGGCAGGUGUUGUCAUGAAGGUGUGGGGCGGGGGGAUAGUUUUCCCGUGUUAAACUGUUGCUUUUCUGUUUUAGAAAACAAAGUGCAACACGGAUAACUGACAUUUAAAAAAAUUAAUGUUUUGGCAAUGGCAUUUCAACACAUCAGCACAUUGAAGCGAACCAACCUGCAAAAACAUGAGACGUCAUAAAUAGAUGAUCAUUAUCACCAUGGUUACAAAUUAACAACCAUAUUCUUAAUGUCCAUAAUAACUCCUUAUUUGUACAUGUUACGCUCAGAAUGUUUGCGAUUAAUGUUAGGUACUGUUACGUUCAAAGAACGUGCCUUUGUGGCGUUUUCUAGUUUGAUUACUAUAUUAAUUGCGCUACUGUUUUGUCAUAAGACUUGGCUCCUUAAUCAGAAUUUAUAUACAAGACCACCUUAUUUUCAAAGAACAGACACUGACAACAAGACGAUCUGGAAAGCUGAAAUGAUGACAGCAGAGAAGUUCAAAGAGUACUUCAACAUAUGGAGCAACCUUUUAAUAGAGGGCCUGGACAUGCUGUCGAGAGAGGAAAACCUCGAGCUCGUCCACGUCCAGGACGUGUUCGAGCACAUCCUCCAGUCGAAGCGCGAGCUGGAGGCCGGACUGCGCGGGUCCCUCCGCGCGACUGACGCCGCCGUGUCCCGCAUGCGCGCGGAACUCGGCGGGGCGGCCGAGGACCUGGAGGUGCACAAUUUCGGACAGCCGGUGUGCCUUUUCGAGACGCGGGGACUACGUUGUGUCGGUAUUUUCCUCGAUGAGCGCUCUCGGGGCGACGUAACCGAGAGCGCGCCCCCCUCGUUGUUGCAGAGAACGCGAGCUGGACAGGAGAAGCUGCGCCGGGCGCUGUGCGACGUCAGGGUCACCUUCGAAAAAGCUCUGCAGGAGCUGGAGGUCAGCACGUCCCUAGUCCUGAAGGAGAACGUCACAGCCGUGUCCCAGCUCCAGCAUGCCCUGCAAAGGAAGUCUGAAGACAUGGAGGAGCUGCAGAAGUGUCUUGCGGGAGCCAAUAAGGAGAUGGCGCUCAUGGAGCUGCAGUUCACUGAGCACGAGGCUAAAUUCAAGGACCAGGAGGCCAAAGGCCUGGGCCUCAGCAGAACCCUGGAGGCCAAGGAGAGAGAGCUUCAGGGCCUCCACGCUCUGGAGGAAGGCAGGGCCCUGGAGCUGCUCGGCGCCAAGGCCGCCUUCGAGGACGCCAAGCGGGAGCUGGAAGCCGAGGCCUCGCGGCUCCUCGCGGAGCGAGACGCGGCCGUUUCUCGGCUUCAGGAAGCCACGAGGAAGAACGCGCAGGACGCGGAGGAGGCGCGGAAGCUCCUGGUGGAGGCCAGAGCGGAGACGGCCCACAAGGAGACGCUGCUCCGCGAGAGUGAGGUCAAACUGGGGGACCAGACGGCCAAAGUCCAGAACCUCGCCGCAAGCCUGGAGGAGAAGGAUCAGGAGCUCCAGAAGCAGCACGCCGUGCAGAAGAGGCGAGAGGUGGAGAUCCGCGACGUCCGGGUGGCCUUCGAGAAAGCCGUGCUGGAGCUGGAGUCCAACGCGUCCUGCGUCCUGCGCGAGAACGAGCUCAUGCUGUCUCAGCUCCAGGGGACGCCGAGCGGGAAGUCGGAGGACUUGGAGGACCUGCAGAAUUUCCUGGUAGAGACGGCCCGUGAAGAGCUGACGCUUCCACAACAUGAGCUUAAAAUGGAGGAUCAUAGGAGUGAAGGCCACAACCUCACCACAACUCUGGAGGGGAAGGGUCCAGAGCUCCCGCACAAGGUGGAGCUCCAGGGCCUGAGGAGGCACGGGGAGGAGAUGCUCCAGGCUAGGGAUCAUCUCUGCAAGGAGGCCACAGAGUCUAGGAAAUACCCAGAGACGGACGCGGAGAAGGAGAGGUGGAGGGAGCAGCCGGGCGGCGAAAGCGGGGGGGCGAAGAGCUUCGGAGAAGAGGCGGAGACAGCCGAGGAAGGACUGAGGAAGACUCCGGCCCUCCUGCACUCUGUUUCCCAAACUCCAGAUCAAGACUGGGACCACUGUGCCACCUGGUGGCAGAUUUUGGAAGGGAAGGAGACUGCCAAGGCAGGCAGGCGCCAGAAAGAAGAACAGGCCAAGAUGCUGCGAGCAAAGAUACACCUGAAAGUGAAGAACGGACCGUGUCAAAUACAGCUUCUUUAAGAAACCCCAUGAUCACAUUCAAAAUGAGGAACAUUCAUAUGCUUGCGUGAGCUCAAUUUUCCAAAGGCGGUUAUGGUUCAGCAAUGCUGUGGGUUAGUUCAGGACAUUAUGAUUGUGUCUGAUAACUAUGGGCGAGGCAACUGUGAUUUGUAGCACAUUUAAAAUCUUAAUAAAUAUGUUAACUAUUUAA